AAAUUCUUUCUGCAAAUGAUGACUCUGACUCAAGUUUUUUAGAAGAUUUUUGCCAAACUACAGAUUCUAUUAUCAAUGAUAUUGCUAAUAUACUUGAAUCUCUUGUUAUUAUGAAGCUUGUUAAAAUCUUCAAAAUGGAUGAUCCAAUAAAUACUGACUUGGAAGAUACUGAUAAUAGUCUUGAAAUCUCUAUCGUUAGUGCUGACAUAGCAACUGCAAGUUUGAAAACCAUGCUUACAUUUUUACUUUAG